AUGGAAGAAGCCAUGGAGCACAGAAACGGCGCUGCAGCUGAAAGAGCUGCUGCUGCUGCCACUGAACGGGGGGCCGCAGCAGCUAGUUCUGCAGCAGCAGCAGCAGUAGCAGCAGCAAAUGCCUGUUAUCACAGCAGCAGCAGCAGCAGCAGCAGCAAACGGACACGCGAUGCUAUUGCCACUGGCUCCCACUCUCCCAAACGUGUACGGCCGGCUGCCGCAGCUGGCAGCAGUAGCAGCAGCAGCAGCGAGGCAUCAGCGUCCGCACCAGCACGGUUCGCAGCAGGGCGGCAGCAGCAGCAGCGGCAGCAGCAGCAGCAGCAGCAGCGGUCCCUGCGGCGAGCCAACCCUUUGAAUUUGCGCUUUUGCGUCGCUUUGCAACGCCUGCGGAAGUCCGCCACUCUCAGGAAGGACCUGCGCAUAGCCAGUGCCCACAGAAAGGGCAUCGUGUCGCUCCUGCGCUUCCCUCUCCCCCUCUUCGGUUUGGCUCGAGCGGAGCUGCUGGGGGGCGUUGGGCGGAAGACUGCCAGCAUCCUAAUGCACGUUCUGGCAGCUGCUCCGGAGCCGCUAGACCGAGACCCUGACAAGCUGUUCGCCGCCGUUUCUGCCGCUGCUGCUGCUGCUGCUGCUAGCAGCGCCGCUGGCUGUGCUUCUGCUGCUGCAACAGAAGCAGCAGCAGUUGCUGCUGCUGCUGCUGCUGCUCCGGACUGCAGCAGCGACAUGCUGCUGCAGCUGCACAGACACCGCGUGGCAGCACUGAAACGGGCAGAGGCCUUUGCAGAGGCAGAGCGGAGGCGGGGCCGGCUGCCCCUCCUCAACAGCAGCAGCAGCAGCAGCAGCAGCAGCAGCAGCAACAGCGGUGGAGGCGCAGAUUUGAAGCUGCCUCCCCGCUGCAGCAGCAGGUGGACAGUGCUGCUGUGUCUGUACAGCUUCGGCCACUUCUUUAAGCGCCGGCGCAUGCGGCUGGCGCAAAUUGCUGCUGCUGCCAACAAGCUGAGGCUGCAAGGCAUAAGCUGCGCCGUUAGCAGCCUCCGCGCUGCAGCGGAGAAGUUGGUGCAGGAAGGGUUGCUGCUGCAGUACCCCCACAGCAGUGUCAGCAGCAGCAGCAGCAGCAGCAGUAGCAGGGGGGCAUCAGCAGUUUCGUUGCCCUUGGGGGAUGCUCAGCCCAUACUGCGCCAGCCGCUGCAGCAGCAGAAGCAACGGCAGAAGCAGCAGGAGCGGCAGCAGCAGCGGCUGCAGCAGCAGCUGCUGCGCUAUGGCCUGAGCCCCACUGGUGAGGAUGUAGCAGCAAGGUGUGCUGCUGCUGUUACUGCUCCCCUGGCAACCGCCAGCCCCCCGUGUACAGAGACUAGCAGCAGCUGCAGCAAUGGCAGUUGCUGCAGCAACGCCGAAAGCAGUAGCAGCAGCUGCAGCAGCAGCGAGGAAUGCGACGUAGUUCGGGAAACAGCCCCAAAACCAGCCCGCGUCUUCACUGCUGCUGCUGCUAGUGCUGCUGCUACUGCUGCUGCACCUGCAACUGCAGCUGCUCUUGCUUCAUCAGCAACCACUGUAAACACAUUGGCAGGAACGACAGCGGCAGCAGCAGCAGCAGCGGCGGCAGCAGGUGCAGCGGCAGCAACCCCGAAGAAGUCAGCAGCAGCUGCUGCUGCUGCAUUCGCGGCCUGCAACAUCGCAUUGGUGACAGAGCCCUUACUUGAGAGGAUCAGGCGGGCCGAAACUAAAGCAACAGCCGCAGCAAGAGCAGCAGCAGCAGCAACAGCAACUGCAGCAGCAGCUGUAACAACGGCAACAGCAGCAGCAGCGACAGCAGCAGGUACUCCUCUUGCAGUGGCGGCUGGCACUCCAGUGGCGGCAGGAGGAGCUGCCUUGAGGACCCCAAGAGCAAAAGCAGCAGCAGUUAGAACAUCAGCACCAGCUGAAGCAGCAGUAACAGCAGCAGCGGCAGCAGCAGCGACAACAACAAUAACGGAAAGGAGCCCAGAGGCAGCAGCAGCAGCACCAGAGUCUCCGGGCAACUUUCAGCAGCAACGGCUGCGCGCCGCUCAGGCAUUGGCAACAGCAGCAGCAACAGCAACAAGAGUCCUUGCUGCAUGCAGCAAACCGCCAGAGCUGCUGCUGCUGGUAGACACGCGAGAGCGGAAUGGCAGCAGCAACCGCAGCAAGCGCCUGCAGCAGCAGACGCUGCUGCAGCGCCUGCUGCAGCGCAACAAGGUGCCUCUAGAGCAGCGCUGCCUCCCUGUGGGUGACUUUGCAUGGAUCUGGAGGCCAGAUACUGCUGCUGCUGCUGCAGCAGAAGGAGCAGCAGCAAAGCCGCAGCAGCAGCUAGAAUACUUGCUGCCAAUCUUAGUGGAAAGAAAAACACCAGGGGACCUGAUGGCUUCGAUCCUUGACGGCAGGUACACAGACCAGCAGCAGCGGCUGAUGGAGACUCUGGGUGUCGAGACAGCAAUAUUUUUGUUCGAGGGAGACUGCAGCAGCAGCAGCAGCGGCGGGGGCUCUGCUGCUGCUGUUGCUGCUGCUGCGGCCCCGCAGGUGCAGCGCAACGCUGCUGCUGUCCGUACAGCGCAAGUGCAUGCGCUGCUGCUCUCUGGCUUCCACGUGCUGCAAGCAGCAAACCCUCGUCACUCCGCCGCCCUGCUCACACUGCUGCACAGGCGGUUGCAGCAGCGGCUUUCAGCUUACUGGCAACAGCAGCAACAGCAACAGCAGCAACAGCAGCAACAGCAGCUGCAGCAACAACAUCAACAGCAGCAGCAGUUUCUGCUGUGGAGGGUUUGGGCGGAUGCGACGAGGAAACAGAGUCAGCGCAGCACUCAAGAGAUGUUCUUCUUGCAGCUCAGAGCUAUUGAGGGGAUCGGUUGCUCAAUGGCUCUUCAGAUUGCUGCUGCCUUUCUAACCCCGGCAUUGCUGCGGCGAUUCUUCCGCAGCAGCAGCAGCAGCAGUAGCAACAGCAUCAACAGCAGUGAGAUGGACGCUGCAAAGACAGAAGAGCUGUUUGCUGCCUUUUUGCAGAAGCUGAAGCAGCAAAAAGGCUGUGCAGCAGCAGCAGCAGCCACACCUGCUGCUACCCCUGCCCCUGCAGCAACGCCGAGAAGCAGCAGCAGCAGCAGCAGCAAGCGGGGGACCCCCAGCGCUGGCGGCAAACGAUUAACGCAGCUCAAAGGGAACGCAAGGCUGGCCAAAAUUUUUUUCGUUUUGAGGGAGUUCUAUUGCGGACCUGUGCAAAGCGCUGCUGCUGCUGCUCCAAUUUCUGCUGCUGCUGCUGCUGCUCCUUUUGCUGCUGAGGGUCUUGAGAGUGCUGCUGAGGAAAUCUUUACGGAGCAGCACGGCAGAGAGUCUCAGCAGCCAGUGCUGCAACGAGACACAGUAGCAGCAGCAGCAGCAGCAGCCGCAACAGCAGCAGCAGCAGCAGCCGCAGCAGCAACAGUAACAGCGGCAGCAGCAGCAGAAGCCUCAGCAUGCAGCAUAUUUGAGCUGCCCUCGCCCAGCGAGUCUGAUGAGGAAGAGCUGCUGCAUCGAAGUCCAGCAGCAACGCAACCUGCUGCUGCUGCUGCUGCCGCUACUGCAUGGUGCGCCGGCACAGCAGAAGAUCCGCUAGAGGUUUGA